AUGGCGAGGAAAUCACUUGGGUUCUUCUUCUUCUUUCUCCUCAUUGUCUUUGCUGCUCAAGUGGUGGUGCAGACAGAGGCAAGGGUGUGUGAGUCACAGAGUCACAAGUUUAAGGGAGCAUGUGCGGGUGACCACAACUGUGCUGAGGUUUGCAGGAACGAAGGUUUCUCUGGUGGCAGAUGCAGAGGAUUCCGCCACCGUUGCUUUUGCACCAGGAUUUGUUGAAAGCUU